CGGAGUACUACAAAGAGGGGGUUCCUGCAGUACGAUACACGUGUUAUGGCGGACCUACAGAUGAAACUUCUCCGCAAGAAAAUUCAAAAGAGAAAUGAAAAAAAUAAAGAACGAAAACUGCAGAAGAGUCGGACAAAGCACGAAGAAACCGUAAAUGGGCUGGAAGAAGAUUCCUAUCAGGAAACGGCAGCCUCAUCUAAGACAGACUCUGAGCUGAAGAAGAAACAGAAAAGGAAGAAUGAUGUGCCAGUGGAAGACACGCAGACAGAGAAAAUGUCACUGAAGAAGAAAAAGAAACGGAAGCUUGCUGAUGCUGCGGAAACACCAGUGGGGAAGAAGACCAAAAAAGUAAAAGAAACUGAGAAGGAGGAGGAGGAAGACCAACAAGAGGAGGAGUCAGAGGGUGCAACAGUGGCAAAUGAUGAUGCAGAACUGGCUACUGAAAACCCAGAGGAGGAGGAGGACAAAGAUGAAGAUGAUGGAGAAGAAGAUAGUGGUGAUGAGGAUAAGGGGCCAGAGUUGCCAUCUGGCUUAACAGGCGCAUUUGAGGACUCGUCAUUUGCCUCUCUUGUCGGAGUGGUGAGUGAGAAUACGCUGAAAGGAGUGAAAGAAAUGGGAUUUGAACACAUGACUGAAAUCCAGCACAAAAGCAUCCGUCCCCUUCUUGAAGGAAGAGACAUCCUGGCUGCUGCAAAGACCGGUAGUGGUAAAACGUUGGCCUUCCUCAUUCCAUGCAUAGAGCUCAUCUACAAACUCAAGUUCAUGCCCAGAAAUGGCACUGGUGUGGUGAUCCUUUCUCCCACACGGGAGUUGGCCAUGCAGACUUACGGAGUGUUGAAGGAGCUGAUGACGCACCAUGUGCACACUUACGGCCUCAUCAUGGGGGGCAGCAACCGCUCAGCUGAGUCUCAGAAACUGGCCAAUGGUGUCAACAUCCUGGUGGCCACGCCUGGCCGUCUACUGGACCACCUGCAGAAUACGCCCGGGUUCUUGUUUAAGAACUUGCAGUGUUUGGUUAUUGAUGAGGCUGAUCGAAUCUUGGAGGUUGGCUUUGAAGAGGAAAUGAAGCAAAUCAUCAAACUGUUGCCAAAGAGGAGACAGACCAUGCUUUUUUCAGCCACUCAGACCCGAAAAGUGGAGGAUCUGGCUCGUAUUUCCCUGAAGAAGGAGCCACUGUAUGUCGGAGUCGAUGACGACAAAGAGAAAGCCACUGUUGAUGGUCUGGAGCAGGGCUACGUGGUGUGUCCAUCAGAAAAACGCUUCCUGCUGCUCUUCACUUUCCUGAAGAAAAAUCGCAAGAAGAAGAUGAUGGUCUUCUUCUCUUCCUGCAUGUCGGUCAAAUUCCACUACGAGCUGCUCAAUUACAUCGACCUGCCUGUCAUGGCCAUCCAUGGAAAACAAAAGCAGACUAAACGUACAACCACCUUUUUCCAGUUCUGUAACGCCGACUCGGGCAUCUUGCUGUGUACAGAUGUAGCCGCUCGAGGGCUGGACAUCCCUGAAGUGGACUGGAUUGUCCAGUACGACCCCCCAGAUGAUCCCAAGGAGUACAUCCACAGGGUGGGCAGAACCGCUCGAGGCGUCGAUGGCAGAGGCCACGCCCUCCUCAUCCUGAGGGCCGAGGAGCUCGGAUUCCUGCGUUUCCUCAAACAAGCCAAGGUUCCACUCAGCGAGUUUGAGUUCUCCUGGAGUAAAAUCUCUGACAUCCAGUCCCAGUUGGAGAAGCUGAUUGAAAAGAACUAUUUCCUCCACAAGUCGGCCCAGGAGGCCUACAAGUCCUAUGUCAGGGCUUACGACUCCCACUCACUGAAGCAGAUCUACAGCGUCAACACCCUCAACCUCCCCAUGGUGGUGCUCUCCUUUGGCUUCAAGGUUCCUCCCUAUGUUGACCUCAAUGUCCACAGCAGCAAAGGCGUGAAGUUGCAGAAACGCGGUGGCGGUGGAGGAUUUGGAUACCAGAAGUAUAAGAACGUGCACAAGGCCAAAAUCUUUAAACACGUCACCAAAGGCAGGAGUGACAGGCGGCAGUUCUCUCGCUGACGUCCUCUGUCUGGUCCCUCUCAUUCCCUGCUGUAAAUAGGACACAGGUUUCUUCCUUUGAACUGUGUAGGUCUGCUUUUCUAAACUGUUUUUUAUUUUGGACAUGGCUGAGCUCCUGUUUGCCACCAAAACUGAUGUUUUCCACAGCAGAAUUAAAACUAAGCCCCACGAGCUGUGAACAAUCA